GUUUGUGCUGACGUUGGGGUGCGAGGGACAGAGGGGCUGAUAUGGCCAGGGGACCGGGUCACAGCGAGAGUCAGUCAGCAGGGGAAGGGCCGUGCGCGAGCUGGCAUGGAAUAGGACAGGCCGCCACACGCACACACGCACACACGCCCCGAACGCAGCCACACGCGCAGACACACGCAGCCAUGCAGGAGUCUCCCGGAUCCCUGGGCAUGGACGGAGGUUACGGCAGCAACGUCCCCGCCUUCCUCACCAAACUCUGGACGCUGGUGGAGGACCCCGAGACCAACCACCUUAUCUGCUGGAGCGCGACCGGCACCAGUUUCCACGUGUUUGACCAGGGCAGAUUCGCUAAGGAGGUUCUGCCCAAAUACUUCAAACACAACAACAUGGCCAGUUUCGUGCGCCAGCUGAACAUGUACGGCUUCAGGAAGGUGGUGAACAUUGAGCAGAGUGGGCUGGUGAAGCCAGAGAGAGACGACACAGAGUUCCAGCACCUCUACUUUCUGCAGGGCCACGAGCACCUGCUGGAGCACAUCAAGAGAAAGGUGUCCAUUGUUAAAAGCGAGGAGACCAAGGUGCGUCAGGAGGACCUGAGCAAGCUCCUGUAUGAGGUGCAGGUGCUGCGCAGCCAGCAGGAGAACAUGGAGUGCCAGAUACAGGACAUGAAGCAUCAGAAUGGAGUCUUGUGGAGGGAGGUGGUGUCUCUGAGACAGAACCACACACAGCAGCACAAAGUCAUGAACAAGCUGAUUCAGUUUCUGUUCAGUCAGAUUCAGUCAAACACACCGAGCACUGUGGGAAUGAAGAGGAAACUGCCUCUCAUGUUAGACGAUGGCUCAUCCACCCCUCCUGCCUCCAAAUUCAGCCACAGCCUGACCAUGGACACCCUGCACGAGCCCUACUACAUCCAAUCGCCGUCCACAGACACAGCUUCCUGUUCCAAUAGCAACGCACUGGCUGGAGGACCAAUCAUAUCAGACGUUACUGAGAUGUCACAGCCUCCACUGAGCAUGCCCGUGCAGCCUGAGGAGUCCAGAGAGAAGUGCCUGAUGCUGAUCAAGGAGGAGCCUGAGAGCCCGGGAGUCCGCGGCCGGGGGGAGGGGCUUCCGCUAGGCUCCUGUGAAGUGUGUGCUGAGCCGCCAAUCCUGCCUGUUGCCAUGGUGCAGUCCGUCCUGGAGGGGCGGAGCUCUGGAGCAGGGGAGCGGAGAGGCAAGAGACCCACUCUGGAGAGGCCAGAGGUGCCAGAUGGUGUGGAGAAUGUGGAUAUGAGCCUGGAGGAGCUUCAGAUGCUGCUGAGAAACCACCAGCAGGGUAUGGACCCCACAGCUAGCAUGGACCCCUUCAACCCAAACCUGCCUUUGAGUGAGUGGAACUUCACAGACAUGGAGGCCAACCUGAAAUCGUACAUGUUUCAGCACCAGGAAGCAGAAGCGUACAGCGGCGCUGGGUGCGAGGAACAAUGAACACCUGAAGGAACUGCUGGCACAAACUCCACCUGCGUCAAGUCCAGGACUGGAGAAGAGUGAACAGCACAUGGCUCGCACACUAAUCCCAGCGUUUGGUGAGGAAUGACACGCCCACAAUCACAGCCUCCUCCAACCAGAACCCCGACCCUCCGAGAUCUCCAUGGUUGAUUGGGAGGAGUCACUUCACUCAAAGCCCUGCUGCCAUGCCCUCCACCAUGGCUCUCUGGCUGUGAUUUAUAUUUUUCCUUCAGGAGUUCUACGUUGCCAGAUAAUCAGACACAUUUGGAUUUGUACACAAGAGCACGACAUCGUCUUUAGUGUUCAACUGCACGCUGGCAGAACCAGGCGCGCAGCAGCGUCAGGAAGGAAGUCGGCCACGCCCACACUCGGGCCUCUGUGACUGCCCUGUUGUAGGGGCGGAGCAAACGUGGAACGCAGAGUCUGAUUGGGUGAGUUCCGUUCACUGUGACUGAGAGGCAUCUCUCGUAUCCAGUCAUGGGCCAGGCUCCCUGGGGGAUUGUUGCCUCUAAGAUUGUGGGUGGAAUCACAGUAGCUUCUUUACUAACACACAUCCACAGCUAUGGAAGAGUGAGUUUUUCCACCAGUCCGUUCCACAGAGGCCUGAGUUUGUAUGCACUUUUCUCUGCGUGACACUGUCUGCAAGUGAACCUGGGAAUUUUGGUAUUCAGUUGUAUUAAAUUAUAUUUUCUUGCAAAACUGUAUAUUUGUAUUCAAAUAUAUAUUUAUAGAUA